CGAUGUUUCAUUGGUGUAGGCAGCUGUGAAUAAGUUCAGAUAAGGGAAGUCUCUAUAAGGGUGUAGUUCUCUGCCGUUUUCCUUAUUUCAACGUAAUUGUUUAUCCAAGUAGAUUUCCUAGGCAACCAUGUUUACACUGCUAGUUAUUGCGGCUGGAUUAGUCGCGGCUUAUUUAUUACUGCAUUUAAUGGUUCUGAAACUACCCAAAUGUAAAAGUAAUGUGCAGUUGCAUGGGAAAGUCGUAAUAGUUACAGGCGCCAACACUGGCAUUGGUAAAACAACCGCGUUAGACCUGGCAAGGAGAGGAGGCAGGAUUAUCCUGGCCUGCCGAGACAAGCGGAGGGCAGAAGAAGCCAUUCUCGACAUCGUCAUGGAGACAGGGAACAGGGAGGUUGUGUUCAUGCCGCUGGAUCUUGGAAGCAUGCAGUCAGUGAGAUCCUUCGCUGAGAACUUCCUUAAAUCUGAGCCCAGACUGGACAUUUUAAUCAACAAUGCUGGGUUGAUGAAUGGUGGUCAGACUGUGGAUGGAGUGGGGAUGAUCUUUGGUGUGAACCACCUGGGUCACUUCCUGUUGACCCUCCUCUUGCUGGAGCGGCUGAAGGAGAGUGGUCCGAGCAGAGUGGUCACCGUGGCCUCCAAAGGUUAUGAGUUCGGCUGUAUUGACUUCAGCUGCAUAGACAGUCACAAGGACCUGGGCUUGGGAGACUCAGACUGGAACUUGUUUGAGAAGUACUGCCACAGCAAACUGUGUAACAUCCUGUUCACUCACGAGCUAGCCGUGAGACUCCAGGGCAGCAACGUCACCUGCUACAGCCUUCACCCAGGUGCAAUUAAGACAGAGAUCGGGCGCUAUGCUAGGUUUGGGUGGAAGUGUGUGAUGACGCCAAUCACAGCUCUGUUCUUUGUGGACGCGGUGUCUGGUGCCCAGACCACCCUGCACUGCGCCCUGCAGGAGGGCUUGGAGAGCCUGUCUGGACGCUACUUCUCCUCCUGCUCAGUCCAGGAAGUCCAGGCCAAAGCCAAGGAUGACAAGGCUGCCAGGAAGCUGUGGGAAGCUAGCGAGAGACUUUGUGGCAUGUCUUGAACCAAAUCCUACAUUCCCAGAUUUACUACGUUUUAUUAGUGCUCGUUUGAGGCAAAGGCAGACAAAUAAGUUAUCCUAAUGUGCAAAUGUUGUGGUUAGUGGUAACUGACUUAAAUUUUUGUACUCGCUGUGAUAUAUUGUUUUAUUAUUGUUGCUUGCUUUUUUUCCACAGGUACACUUGCACUUAUAGCAGCUCAUGUUGUUUAACCCUUGUGUUAUCUUCGGGUCAUUCUGACCCAUCAGUCAUUGUGACCCACCGUCGUAUUGCGACAGAUUUACCGCAUACAAAGACAAAGUGAAGCAUUUUCUUUUAACAGCUAGGCUGUCUCAGACCCCCCACAUUGCAAAGGUUAAAAGAAAAUUAUUUUAAUUUGUUUUUGUAUUGGGUAAAAUUGGGUAAACACAACGAUGGUUUGUUAUGAACCUUUGGGUCAUGUGACCCGAAGGCAGCACGAGGGUUAAUUGUAACUUGUUUAACUACACGCUCUUAUGGUUCUUCCCUUUGGCACUUAUUUUGGUUGUUCACAAUGUGUGCUUCAUGUUUUGUGGCUAUCUCGUUGUUAUGAUCAGUGACCUAUGCACUUUGUAAAGCUCUCUCUUGGAAGUCGCUUUGGAUAAAAGCGUCUGCUAAAUGAAUAAAUGUAAAUGUUGUCUGUUGGAAAUACAUGUAUGUAGACCUGCACCAUAUCAUAAAACGUUACACACACAAGAAUUUCAGUAUACUCUUUCAUGUACGCAAAUGUGAAUGUUCUCCAGCGGUGGAAAUUUGAUAAUUGAUUAUAACUCUCUCCAAGUAUUGUGAGAAGAGAAAGUCGUUUUGAGCCUUAUUCUUAACAUUGACAAAAAGGGUGGAGGAUGUUCUGUGAAAGCUUUUGUCUGACUUGAACCUGGUUAAAAGUGUCAUUGAUUGCAGAACCGAAUUUACCUUGUCACAGUUGAAUAACGACAGUUCAGUAGGUAAAAUGGACAUGGUGAACCCCAAAGUCCAUUGACACCUCUUUCCUAUGCAAAUCUCACAAUUAAAAAAUCACCCGUUGUGACGUCACAAUGGGGGCUCCACCUUUUUUGGCUCUGGUCUGUACCUUGGUCACGCCCCAAAAUUUGCUGUGCGC